ACAUUUACUUUACAGUCAACAACUGGGUUGUGUCGAAUCUGCCGCAGCAGAAUGAGCAGGAGAGGCAAUGAAAGAGUCGUCUGUGUGAGCUUAAAAAUAUGGCAGAAACCAUGAAAGCCAAGGCGACUAAAGAACAAAAAUAUGAUCGACAGCUCAGACUGUGGGGAGAUCAUGGUCAAGAAGCUCUGGAGAAUGCACAUGUCUGCUUAAUUAAUGCUUCGUCGACGGGAACAGAAAUAAUGAAGAAUUUAGUGCUUCCAGGUAUUGGAGCAUUUACCAUUGUGGAUGGCCAUUCAGUUAGUGGAGAAGAUGUUGGGAAUAACUUCUUCCUAACUAAGACAUGCUUUGGUAAGAACAGAGCUUAUGCUGCCACAGAAUUGUUGCAGGAACUUAACAGUGAUGUGUCUGGUAAUUUUGUUGAAGAGAGUCCAGAAGAGCUUCUAGACAAUGAUCCAGAAUUUUUCCAACGAUUUAGUAUGGUAAUUGCGGUGCAGUUACCAGAAAGUACAUUGCUAAAAUUAUCUACAAUUUUGUGGAAUGCUGGAAUACCUCUCUUAGUCUGUCGGACAUAUGGGCUUGUUGGAUACAUGAGAUUAUUGACAAAGGAACAUACUGUGGUAGAAUCUCAUCCAGAUAAUGCACUGGAAGAUUUACGUUUGGAUAAGCCAUUUACAUCUCUCAAAAAACACUUUCAGAGUUUUGAGUUGGAAAAUAUGGAUAAGAAGGAUCAUAGCCAUACACCGUGGAUAAUUGUGAUAGCAAAGUAUUUGGAAAAAUGGUUGAGUGAGAACAAUAACCAUCUUCCUAAGUUAUCUAAAGAGAAAGAGGCCUUUAAAGAACAAAUACGUCAAGGAAUCCGUAAAAGUGAGACUGGGGCACCAGAGGUUGAAGAAAAUUUUGAAGAAGCCAUUAAAAACGUAAACACAGCAUUGAACCCAACUAAGAUUUCAAGGGAAGUAGAAUCUAUUUUCAAUGAUGAACAGUGCUGCAAUCUCACAGCACAGACUUCCUCAUUUUGGUUGCUUGCUCGAGCUGUGAAACAGUUUGUGGAAAAUGAAGGACAUGGCAGUCUACCAGUUCGCGGCACAAUUCCAGACAUGAUAGCAGAUUCUGACAAAUUCAUUAAACUCCAAAAUAUUUAUCGAGAAAAAGCAAAAGAGGAUGCUGCAGUUGUCUCUAAUUAUGUAGCAUCUUUACUUCAGUCAGUUGGAAGGCCAUCAGAGAGCAUCUCUGAGCAAGAAAUAAGACUGUUUUGUAAGAAUGCUGCAUUUCUACGUGUUGUACGUUGCAGAUCACUUGCCGAAGAAUACAAUGCUGAAAAUGUAAAUAAAGAUGAAAUAUCAUCAUACAUGGAUAAUCCAGACAGUGAGAUGGUGUUGUAUUUAAUGUUGCGAACUGUUGACAGGUUCUAUCAACAGCAUGGUCGAUACCCAGGAGUAUAUAAUUGUCAAGUUGAAGAUGAUAUUGGAAAACUAAAGUCCUGUGUUAAUAGCCUUCUGCAGGAAUACACUCUGAGUGUCAAUGUAAAAGAUGAUUAUAUUCAUGAAUUCUGCCGAUAUGGUUCAGCAGAACCACACACUGUUGCUGCAUAUUUAGGAGGAGCAGCAGCACAGGAAGUUAUCAAAAUAAUAACCCAUCAGUUUGUUCCUUUUAACAAUACUUUCGUUUACAAUGCAAUGACACAGACAUCUGCCGUAUAUAGAUUAUAGUGCAAACUACACUGGAUGUAAAUGUUAUUAAUCUUGUGUAAAAAUAUUAGAACAUAGCUGUUUAAAGUUUAUACUCUUUACUGUAUUAUAAUAAAAUGCUGACCUUUAAUUUUUGUAUAUUUUACUAUCUUUUUUCUCUGCAGUUAUUUCGGAUAUCUUAAAAUAACACAUUUUCGUAAAAUAUUUAAUGUGUGCAGACUGUUUGCUAACUUGAAGGGAAAAAAAAAACUUCUAUCUCCAUUGUCACCAUUUUCCAUUAUUGUGUAAUAUUUGUCAAAUGCAUGUCAGUUGUUUCAAAUCCCCCCCACCAUAUUGUUUUAAUUUGUAGCCCAUAUACUAGGCAUUUAUUUGAUUUUACGUAACAGCUCUUUGCAGACAGAUUACUUUGGAACACUUGGGUGUAAUCCAUUUUAUCCACUUUCAUAUGUAUCUUUGACUCUUCUUUGUAAGAUUUUUACUUGUUGAUGACUUUAUCAAAUACACUCAUUAGUAGAAUGGUUUACUGUUUUUCCUUUAAUCAAGAUAAAUUCACUGUAAAUUGGAAUAAAAAAGACUUCAGAGGUGCAGCACAAGAUUCUUUCUCAACUCCAUUGAAGCUUAAUGGUUCAUUGCAUCUCAUUCCAUCCAUAGCAGUAGUAAUGUUAUACUUAAAAAUCUCAAAAAAGAGCACCAGAUUGACAGGCAGUGAUGUUCACUUAGCCUCUGCCAGUUAUACAUUGCUCUACUUUGAUCAUUGUGCCCAAAGUAUAAUUAUUUUUUGGCAAAGUUAUGAACGUAUUUUUAUUUAUUUGUUAUAACUGACAUCAAUGUCACCAGCAACCCAAACCCAUUGCCCCACACCAUCUGUAUGUUUUUGCUUACUUGACAAGAAUGGGGCUUCAACAGGUCAGUGGUUACCAUCCUCCUAUUAGUGUUAUGCUAAGGUGUACAUUUCUAAUAGUCCUUUUUUUAGACACCAGUGUCUUAAUCUAAAUUAAGAUACCAUGCACAUGUCAUGUCAGGCUCAUUCAGUCCGUUCAACCACAAGAGUGGAGCUUUAUUUAUUUGAAGAUGGUUGUCUUUUUUUUUUUUUUUUCCACUGCUGAUACAGCAAUGAUAUGAUUGUUCCUGAAAACCCCAACCAGAUUAUGCUGCAUUCAAACCUACAUAACUCUUUAGUCUUUCCAGUAGUCCUGAUUUGGUAGACACACAGUUGUUUGGCAUAUGGCUUCCUGUUUGAAAUGCAUUGACUUCAUAUAUGAUGAAUGUGUAAAAUGAUUAUUGUACCUAAUAAAGUGUGCACCAUAGUAUAUAA